AGUGCAGCUGCGACACCACGAGAAAAUGGGCAUCUCUACGCGCGAGAUCAACACUCAAAAGGGUCGAGGCUACGGAUCGGACUACCAGCAGGGGACCAGAUCCCGCGCACGGACUGGGAAACACUUUCACAGAACUUCACUUCUCAUCAAAGCUUUCAAUCAUAAGUUUAGACUGGACCUUGAGCUUAACACACAACUCCUAGCGCCAAACCUCAAACAAACACAGUAUUUAGCGAACGGUGCAGAGAGCGACAUCAGAACUGAAAUCGAACACUGCUACUACCACGGCACCGUGAAAGACUAUCCGGGUGCGUCGGCCGCCUUCCAUACAUGCAACGGUGUGUCCGGCGUCAUACACAUAGGCAACGAGACCUUCGUCAUACAUCCCUUCUACGGCGGGGAUCUAUCGAAGCACCCACAUGUGAUCUUCGAGGCGCGCACGAAGGCGAACAAGGGCUGCGCCAACAAACUGGAGUUUCGCCCAAAGAACAGGCGGACCAAGCACGUCAGCUUCGUCGAGCAGCCGCUCGGUGACGACCCUGGGACCAUGGACAACCAAUCCAAAGAAGAACAAGCGUGGAGAUGGUGGCACAACACCGGUCUGCGCGCGCUGAACCGACGCAGGCGCGACGUCCGCGAGACCACCAAGUACAUAGAGACCGCUCUUGUUAUUGACAAGGCCAUGUUCGACAGAAGGAACGGCAGCACCCGCUCCGAGGUCGUCCAUGACGCGAUACAAGUCGCCAACAUUGCUGACUUGUACUUCCGCACGCUUAACACGCGAGUGUCACUCGUGUACAUAGAAUCGUGGCAGAGCGCGGACCAAGCGGACAUAGACAGGAAGCAGGACAUCACACGCGCGAUCCUGAAGUUCAGUGACUACACCGCCAGGAAACUGUUCAAAAUCGAUAAAGACACCACGCAGCUACUCACUGGCCUGACUUUCCCUGGUGGUGAAUCUGGCAUAUCAGUACCUGAUACACUUUGCACGCCCAAAUCCGUGGGCAUAUCCGUCGACACCAAUACGUACGAGCCUCACCUACUGGCUGGAACCAUGGCGCAUAUGAUUGGACAUAAUAUUGGUAUGGGACACGACGACGGACGAGAGCAGUGUUUCUGCCGUGACUGGCAUGGGUGCAUAAUGGCCCAGUCCAUCGUGGGCUCUGAUAACGUACAGCCGUACAAGUUCUCCGACUGUUCGAAAAACGACUACAUCAAUGAGCUCAGGAUAGGUCAAGGAUUGUGCUUGCUCAACAAACCUAAUGAGCUGGUGAUUCACCAUCAAUGCGGAAAUGGUCGUUUGGAUGAAGGAGAGGAGUGCGACUGUGGAACCAUUGCAGAUUGUCAAAGUUUGAACCCGUGCUGCGAUCCGUUCACAUGCCGACUCACCAAAGAAGCCCAGUGUGCCUCAGGGGAGUGUUGCGAAAAAUGCCAGCUAAAACCUCGUGGUGUGGUUUGCCGAGAUGCCACAAACGAAUGUGAUCUGGAGGAAACCUGCACAGGGCAGUCGGGAACGUGUCCGCCAGAUGCCCACAGAAAGAACGGAGAGCCGUGUGAGGGCGGGAAAGGCUACUGCUUCGCCGGACAAUGUCCCACAUUGAGCUUGCAGUGCGAGAGGAUCUGGGGACCGGGUACAGUCGGAGCUGAUAAAGAAUGCUUCGAGCAGUUCAACUCCAAGGGAGCGGUGACUGGACAUUGCGGGAAAGAUAACAACGGCCACUACAUUAAAUGCGAGACCGAGAACGUGAGGUGUGGAUCGCUGCAGUGUCAACUUGGUAACCGGUAUCCGGUGGUGUCAGGAAUGGACGAGUACUAUACUAGAACUGUUAUUACCAUCAAGGGGAACGAGUAUGAGUGCAAGGCGACGACAGGGCUUCCCAAACAUUCAGAGAUCGGCCCCCUAGGUCUGGUCCGAGACGGUACACCGUGCGGCGACAACUUGGUGUGCGUGAACCAGACUUGCACCUCCAUCUUCCCGUACAUAGAUCACACCAAGUGCGCCACCGACCAUAACAAUAACGAGUGCUCUGCCAAAGGGGUAUGUUCGAACCUCAAUAAAUGUGUGUGCAACCGAGGAUGGACCGGCCCCGACUGCUCCCACCACGACGCGCUGCCACCAUCACCUACACCCUAUGUACCAGACAAUGCCACUAAAGCCGCCUAUAACAUGACC